GCAUGCGCCCUCUCCGUAGCGCAUGCGCAGCGCGCACGGCGGGGAGCGUGUAGCAAUGGCGGAGCCGGGCAGGGCCAGCAUGAAAGAGCAGCGAUACGACCGGCAGCUGAGGCUGUGGGGUGACCACGGACAAGAAGCAUUAGAAUCUGCCCAUGUUUGUGUGAUAAAUGCAACAGCAACAGGAACUGAAAUACUCAAAAACUUGGUGCUACCAGGUAUUGGUUCUUUUACAAUUGUCGAUGGGAAUCGGGUCUCUGGAGAAGAUGUUGGAAAUAAUUUCUUUCUACAAAAAACCCAUAUUGGAAAGAAUCGUGCCCAGAGUGCCACUGACCUCUUGCAAGAAUUGAAUAAUGAUGUUUCUGGAAACUAUGUCGAAGAGAGUCCAGAAGUACUUCUAGACAAUAACCCUUCCUUUUUCAAUCGUUUUAACUUGGUGGUUGCAACACAACUCCCAGAAAGUACGUUGUUGCGCUUGGCUGAACUUCUCUGGAAUUCUAACAUUCCUCUGCUGGUCUGCAGGACUUAUGGGCUGGUUGGUUAUAUGAGAGUCAUUAUUAAAGAACAUACAGUUGUGGAAUCUCAUCCUGAUAAUAAGUUAGAAGAUCUGAGGCUGGACAAACAAUUUCCAGAACUGAGAGAACACAUUCAGUCUUAUGACUUGGAUAAUAUGGACAGAAAGGACCAUAGCCACACUCCAUGGAUUGUGAUUGUAGCCAAGUAUCUAACAAAAUGGCUCAAUGAGAAGAAUGAGCAGUUUCCUAAGAGUUACAAAGAAAAAGAAGCCUUCAGACAACUGAUUCGUCAAGGUAUCUUAAAGAAUGAAAAUGGGGCCCCAGAAGAUGAGGAAAACUUUGAAGAAGCUAUAAAAAAUGUGAACACAGCAUUAAAUACUACAGAGAUUCCAAAAGGCAUUGAAGAGAUUUUUAAUGAUGAUUGCUGUGUAAAACUCACAGAGCAGUCACCUUCCUUCUGGAUAUUGGCUCGAGCUGUAAAGGAAUUUGUGGCAAAUGAGGGGCAAGGAAGCUUGCCUGUCCGGGGCACUAUACCUGAUAUGAUAGCAGACUCCAACAAAUUUAUUGAAUUGCAAAAUGUGUACCGUGAAAAAGCAAAGAAGGAUAUUGCUGCUGUGGGUAACCAUGCUGCUAAAUUGCUACAGUCCCUAGGCAAGGCACCCGAGUCCAUUUCAGAGAGAGAAUUAAAAUUGCUUUGCAGCAAUGCUGCUUUCCUCCGGGUAGUGCGAUGUAGAUCUCUGUCUGAAGAAUACGGCUUAAACACGUUUAACAAGGAUAAAAUCAUUUCCUAUAUGGAUAACCCAGACAGUGAAAUAGUUCUGUACUUGAUGCUGCGGGCUGUAGAUAGAUUUUAUAAGCAGCAUGGCAGGUACCCAGGUGUCUACAACUAUCAGGUAGAAGAUGAUAUUGGAAAACUAAAAUCAUGCCUUGCUGGUUUCUUGCAAGAACAUGGGUUGUCUGUGGUGGUGAAAGAUGACUAUGUUCAAGAGUUUUGCCGCUAUGGAGCUGCUGAGCCACAUGCUAUUGCUGCCCUUGUGGGAGGAGCUGCUGCACAGGAGGUUAUCAAAGUCAUUACAGGGCAGUUUGUAAUUUUUAAUAACACCUACAUUUACAGUGGGAUGUCACAGACUUCAGCAACUUUCCAGCUGUAGGAUAAGGAUCUUGCACUCGUUGCCACCAAGCGAUGCUGCUGCAGUGUUCUGUAAAUACUGAGGUGUUCUGCCACUGACUGUUCUGUAUUACCUGCCAAUUAAAGUUCCUUUAUUUGUAGCGAUUUUUCCCCCCCACACACCCCCCGAGGACAAAAAAAAAAAAACAAACAAAAAAAAAACCCAAAAAAAAACCUGCAUACCAAAACCUGGUUAAUAUUUUUUUCAUCUGGAAUUUUCAGAUCCACCUUUGAAAGAAAGCAUCUGUGGCUGUUCUCUGUCAGGGUAGGUGCAUUUACAAAUUGGCCGACCUGGUUUGCAGCAGAGCUGAUUUUUAUAGUUUUAUUUUCUUCCUGAAAAAGCUGUUCUUCAGGUUGAGGGGGGAGGGCUCCCAAAAGGUUGAAAAAGGCCACUGUAACCAUGAUGGACUGAGGAUCCAGCCGUGAGAACAGCUAGGGAAAGCUGCACUACCUUUUACAGAGUUCAGGGAGGUUGCAGAUGGGGAUUGUGUGCCUGGAAGCUUGGUUUGCAGCUCUGUUCCUAUACUAAAAGAUUCUUUUUCCUGCACCAUUGAUGUCCGUGGAAUGUCAGGUGAUGGCUCACUGCGGUUUGGGGUGGUGCUGUAGUUUCCAAGACACAGGGUAUGGAAACACCGCACUGAAACCGAGUGACUGCGGCCCGGCCAGGGCCUGGCGCCGCGGUGCGGCUCGGGGGGCGCUCGGAGGGGGCUGGCACGGGUCCCGGUGCCCGAGAACAGCCGCGUCCGCCGGCGCUCCGCGCCCGUGGCCCCGCCCGACAGGGCUCCUGAGGGGCCGCGCGCCGCGGCUGGGCGGGAAAGGCGCGCAGCUCAGGCCGGGGCCGCGGCCGUUCGGUCUCCUCAGGCCGGCAGGCGGGAGCGGCCCGGGGCGCCUCGGUGUGUGAGCGGAGCCGCUGCCGGAGCGGCAGGUAGGUGUGACCUGGUUCACGUCCUCUUGAAAUUCCUCGCUCCUCCCGAAAGCUGGCCGGAGAAUGUUGUUUCAUCCUUAGACAGUUGGCACUUCUUUUUAAAAAAAUCUUUUAAAUAUUCUUUCCUUUUCAUAUUUGGGGUGAUCUCGAGUGCUUGUUAAGACUUCAAAGUGAAGCUCCGGUAAUGAGUUCUAAAUCAUACGUACAGGGAGGAGGGGUGGAAUGAAUGCUGAAAUAGCACUGGAGGACUUCAAAGGUCUGUUGCGCUGAGGAGUGUUUCACCAAAGUUAGCAGGCACAUCCUCAGCUGGUGGCGCGCAUUUGGGUUUCCACAGGACGCCGACUGUCCGGACUUCUUCCACUGUAUAGGAUUUGACCAUAGGGUUUUAAAAAGGAAAAAUCCUCCUGAGACUGGCUGUUCUUAGCCCGGCGUGGCUGUGCAGGGGCAUGAAUAUAUCUGAGCUGCUUCUAAGAGUGGGGGUUUUUUGAGUUCUGAAGGGAUGUUACUGGUUAUUUUCCAUAACUGAUGGGGAAGAGGUAAUCUAUUUUCUUUUAUACACAGCAUUUGCCAGAAGUCUGUUGCAGCAAAUCCUGUUACUUAUCUUUUCAUCUUUACCCUGUGAUGCAACAACAGAGUUCAGCUAUUUGUAUUUUGAUGUAGGCUGGCUUAUAACUAUAUUUUGUGUACCUUCCAUAUGUAGCAAAAGAUUCAGCUGAGGUCAAGACAUCUUUCUAUAGUGUUUAAAAAACCCCUGUUCUUAUAUUAAAGGCUCUUUAAUUGUA